AUGGCGUCGAGUCCCAGGAGAACAGUCGUGUGCUCGGUGCUGCCACUGCUGCUGCUGCUUGCCGGCGCGGCCCGCGCGGCGGGCAACUUCUACCAAGACGUGGACAUCACGUGGGGCGACGGGCGCGGCAAGAUCCUCGGCGGCGGCGACGUCCUGACGCUGUCCCUCGACAGGGCCUCCGGCUCCGGGUUCCAGUCCAAGAACCAGUACCUGUACGGCCGCUUCGACAUGCAGAUCAAGCUCGUCCCCGGCGACUCCGCCGGCACCGUCGCCACCUUCUACCUGUCGUCGCAGGGGUCGGCGCACGACGAGAUCGACUUCGAGUUCCUGGGGAACGCGAGCGGGCAGCCCUACACGGUGCACACCAACGUGUACAGCCAGGGCAAGGGCGGGCGGGAGCAGCAGUUCCGCAUGUGGUUCGACCCCACCGCCGACUUCCACACCUACUCCGUCGUCUGGAACCCCACGCACAUCCUGUUCUACGUGGACGGGACGCCGAUCCGGGAGCACCGGAACCGGGAGGCGGCGACGGGGGUGGCGUACCCGCGGAGCCAGGCGAUGCGGGUGUACGCCAGCGUGUGGGACGCGGAGGAGUGGGCGACGCAGGGCGGGCGGGUGAGGACGGACUGGUCGCGGGCGCCCUUCGUGGCGUCGUACAAGGGCUUCGCCGCGAGCGGGUGCGCGUCGCAGGACGCGGCGGCGUGCGCCAGGUCCAAUGGCGCGUGGAUGUACCAGGAGCUGGACGCCACGGCGCUGGACCGACUCCAGUGGGUGCAGAAGAACUACAUGAUCUACAACUACUGCACGGACACCUGGAGGUUCAAGGACGGCGCCCCGCCCGAGUGCGCUACCAAGUAG